AUGGCCGUGGUCGCUCGCCCGGACAUACAACAACUGGAAGCGGCAUGGAGCGAGCCCAAUCAGCUUGUGCCGGGGAACGAGAAGUUCGAGCCUUUGGGAUUGUUGAAAUGCUAUCGUGUACAUGUAGGACACGAUUAUUUUCCGCAUCAGGGAUAUGCUUGUUACUUGUCGAGGGAGCUGGGCCAGGGAGCUCGCCUUUGGCGAUGCGAACGAGGUGGUCUCCUCAAGUGGAUGGUCACUCGGCCAGCUGAGGUCCGGGCCGUGGCAGUGUCCUUGACUGGCCGGCUGAGGUUUGGGUUUCUGGUUGUCCAGGCCCGGAUGCUCUCCGGAGCACAAGUCUGGUCCGGCACGUACCCGGCCGAGCAAGACGUGAAAGUGUCGGCUGUGAGCACCGCCAUCCGGCACAGCAUGCUGGUGGCUGGUCGCAUCCAGUCGACACACGUGUUGAAGGUCAUGGGCCACAAGCUCCUUGUCCACGGCCGCAAGAUUUGGAGCUGCAACUGGUCCAAGACCAUGGCAGCCAAGAAGCUGCCCAAGAAACGGCUUUUUCGAAAGACGGAUCCGAGGUUUCUCCGACGACUUUUGAGGGAUUCCUGCUUUCCUCUCGCCAUGGCAGCCGCCUUCUUGAACCAGCUCCAUGACAUGCUCCACAAGCAGAAGCCGAUCAUGGGCGAUCACUUCGACGGCAUGCUUGCUGCACAGAAAGACUGUGCCGUGCGAGCCAUCUCGCAACACAAAGUGACCAUGCAAGAGGCAGCUGAGCUGUGCAGCUUGAUCCAGCAAGGGCCCUGGAACGAGAGCCAAAAACAGGAGCUUGGAAAAGCAGUCUCCAACUCCGUCUCGUCGGGGAUGAUGGCUGCUGGCAAGAAGAAGAAGAAGGGCAACCAGACCCAGGAAGUCGACAACUUCUUCUGCUUUUUGUCAGCUGAAGACAAGCAAGUCCUGGCCGAGGCCAGUGCUGGAGUGCACUCAAGGUGCAAUCACAUCGCCGAGAUCAUGGAGAAGAUGGGCCUGUAUUGGCCAUCGGAGAAGGCGACAGGUCAUAUCGUCUCAACGAUGGCAACACUGCAGUCAGCUGGCCUUCAGUCUCCUGAUGAUUUUCACGGGGCUGUGAAGAAGCUGAAAACCAUCAUCAAAAGCAGGCUCAAAAAGAACAAGGAUGCCAAGGACCACGAAUUUGUGGCCGUGUACAAGGAGCCAGCCUUGUUGCCCGAGAUCUACCGCAGUCACUUUGAAAAGGCUGAAGCAGGCUUCAAGUUGUUGGGAAAAGCCGGCGGCAACGAAAGCAGUCCAAAUCGGGCUACAAGCAUGAUGGCGACGACGAGCCCACCGCACGACUCUCCAGAGUCCAGCCAUCGUGUUUCAAGCCCGGUGCAGCCUCAUCAUCAGCAGCUUGCUGUGGCCGCAUGCCCGGUGCAGCCUCAUCAGCAGCAGCUUGCUGUGGCCGCAUGCCCGGUGCAGCCUCACGAUCAGCAGCUUGCUGUGCCCAAGGCUGGGCAGGAGCCUGUGGGUCCGGCCGAGCAGGCUCGUCAGAUGCUUGCUGCAUGGAAUGCAAACAAAGCGGCAGCAGAGGGAGAUGAGGAAGAUGAGGAGACUGAGAAGCCCCGGAAAAAGCCUGCCGCAAAGCUCCAGCAGACGAAGAGUGUGCAGCCGAAGAAGAAGCCGGCAGCGAAGGCGAAGUCGCAGUCCCAGCCCAAGCUGAGCAUCAAGAAUCUGAGCAUGAGCAAGAGGUUGAAAUUGAAAGUUUUCACCACCCAAAGAGCCCUCGCUCAGAUCCUGAAGGAGAUUCGUGAGCUGGAUGAGCUACCUGCAGCUACAGGCCGGAGCUCGGUGAAAAGAGCUCGUGAAGAACUGCUGCAUGAUUAUGCUACCCCUUAUGGGCCCAUCUACAUCGAGCCCACACUUCAGAAGGAAGACGGCACCGAUGUUACAAUUCCGAUUUUGAGUCCAGCUGCAAUGCUGGCUUGGGCAUGCGAGCACUGUGCAGCCUUCGGCCAGCUCUUGCAGAAGCAAAUGGCACUGAAGCCGCCGACCUACGAGAAGCCUUGGACUCUGAUUUGGUAUUCGGACGAAAUCGCACCGGGCAAUCAACUGAAGCACGUGAACCGUCGCAAGGCCCAGGUCAUCUAUUGGUCCCUGCAAGAACUGGGAGCCCAUGCGAUGUCCUGCGAGUCGUGCUGGUUUACUUUGUUCCGCCAGCUGGCCAGGUUUUUUUUCGAGACCCCCGAUUGGCGGCAGGGACUUAUGGUCAACUGCCCCAUCGGCUCUCCCCCUCUGUUUGCCGAUCUUGGCAUACUAAUCUCCGACGAAGCUGCUAUAAAGCAAACCCUCUGCAACAAGGGUGCUUCUGGACUCGUGUUCUGUGUGCACUGCCAGAAUGCAGUCGACCACAAGUCGCACGUUGCUGCCAGCAGUCGGGGCACACAAGUAUCCAGCCUGGAGACCGACAUUUCCAGAUUUCGUCGCCAGACGAAGGAGUCCAUCAAAGCCUAUAUGGACUACCUCGCUGAGCAGAAGCCCUUGCAGACCAAGACAAAGUUCGAAAAACUGCAGACUGCCCUGGGUUUUAACUUUAAACCAAUGGGCUUACUGGCCCAUGCAGCCUAUGGCCCCAAGCUGAUAGACUGCAUUAUGUUUGACUGGAUGCACGUCUACCUGGUCUCAGGGCUGUUCAAUGUGCUGACAGGGCUUUUCCUUGGAGACCUCCAUCACAAUGGCUGGAAGCACAACGACAUUGAGCGGUUCGCAAGGACUUUCACAUGGCCUGCACGUCUGCGAGGUGCUGCCCCGAAGGAUGUGCUGCAAGAGAGAGGAUCCUACAGUGAUCCUCUCAAGUGCAGUGCAUCGGAGGCUCUGAACUUCCUGCAGGUGCUGCGAACCUAUCUUGUGCUCUGGGUGCUGCCGCAAUGCAACGAGGACAUGAGAAACUCAUGCGAGGUUUGGUUGGCGAUGUGCAAGGUCCUGGAUGCUUUGCAAAAGAUCGCCAUAGGAGAUCCUUUCCCUGCAGUCCAACUGCAAGUCUUGGUGAAAGGCCAUCUGGACCUCGCUAAGGCCCGCUACGGUGAGGACUCCUUUUGGGUACCCAAGUGCCAUUUGGCACUCCACUUGCCCCUUCAGUUGGCCAAACACUCAGGUCUGAUGAGCUGCUUUGUGCACGAAAGAAAGCACAAAAUCAUCAAGAAAAUCACCAACCAAGUACUCGACACAAGUCGGGCUUUUGAGAAGAGCAUACUCGAUGAUGUGCUACAUGGGCAUUUGCAGCAGCUCGCCGAUCCGGCUUUUCUCCCAGGGGACGCUUGCAUGCAUUAUGCAUUUAUUUCUUCUAUAUACCACUAG